ACUGGUAUUGACCAUAGACCGUUAAAAUAACGUAAUAACAUUGGUGGUGUUUAACGCAGCCAGCAGGGGGCACCAAUGUUCAGAGCUGCUGGUGGAUGAUCCGGAUGUUGACUAGUGAUGCCUGGGUGAUGCGGACCGACAGGCCACCACGCUGCUGGAGAAAUGGACGCCUUCGAGUUGUUUCGGAAACUCGGAGCUGGAGCAAAAUUUGACCUGAAGAAGUUUGGUCAAGACGCCGCUCGGUUUAAGGUUGCCAGGUCUCACGGAGGGGAAGCGUCUUUAGAUGCUCUCUCUGCGAUCGACUACUUUGGAAGAGGACCAACCAAUGGAUCCCAGAGCAGUUCAAUAGGACUGGAGGAGGAGAAGGAUGAUGGUGAUGAUGGUGAUGGAGAGGAGUAUGAGGUGGGAAGUGAAAGUGGAGAUUCUGGUGCAGGAGGCAAAAGGAAGCAAAGGGAGAAAGACGUGAGGACGAAAAAGAAAAAGAAGAAAAGCAACAAGGUGGAGGUGGAAGCUGGUGGUGGAGCGCUGGAAGACGUGGAGGGAAGCGGCAUCACCUGGACCUCCGCAUUGGACAGAAAGAUUCAAAACCUGCCGAGUGACGGGAAGGAGAAAUCCUCGCUGAAGAGGCUGAAGCAUCUUCAUCAGGAAAAGGUGAAUCGUAUUCGCUCUCAACACCGUAUAAAUGUGCACGGCUGCGAUGUACCCAACCCUGUGUGCACAUUUGAGGAGCUCCAGUCCGAGUAUCGUCUCAACCCACGUGUCCUUCAGAACCUCAAAGACGCAGGGCUGAGCUCCCCGACGCCAGUACAGAUGCAGGCGAUACCGCUCAUGAUGCAUGGUCGGGAGCUCCUGGCCUGCGCUCCCACAGGAUCAGGAAAGACUUUAGCUUUCUGUCUCCCGCUGCUCACCCACCUGCAGCAGCCGGCCAACCUGGGCUUCAGAGCUGUGGUCAUCUCCCCGACCAGAGAACUGGCCAACCAGACCUACAGAGAGCUGCUCCGCCUGUCGGAGGGAGUAGGAUUUAGAGUUCACAUCAUGGACAAAGCCUCUCUGGCAGCCAAGAAAUAUGGACCGCAGUCAAACAAAAAAUACGAUAUACUCGUCAGUACUCCAAACAGACUCGUCUUCCUUCUCAAGCAGGAUCCUCCAGCUCUCGACCUCAGCAGUGUGGAGUGGCUGGUUGUCGAUGAGUCUGAUAAGCUGUUUGAGGGCGGUAAGACGGGCUUCAGGGAGCAGCUCGCCGCAGUCUUUCUGGCCUGUUCUGGUUCGAAGGUGCGCAGGGCUUUCUUCAGCGCCACCUGCACGCCAGAUGUAGAGCAGUGGUGCCGUCUGAACCUAGACAACCUGGUGUCUGUCAACAUUGGACACAGAAAUACGGCAGUUGACUCUGUGGAACAGGAUCUGCUGUUUGUUGGGACGGAGAACGGCAAACUGGUGGCCAUGAGGGAUAUCAUCAAAAAAGGUUUCCUGCCUCCCAUGCUGGUGUUUGUGCAGUCUAUAGACCGAGCACGGGAGCUUUUCCACGAGUUGGUGUACGAAGGCAUCAAUGUAGACGUGAUCCACGCAGACCGCACGCAGCAGCAGAGGGACAACGUAGUGAACAGUUUCCGGUCUGGUAAAAUUUGGGUGUUGAUCUGCACGGCUCUGCUCGCCAGAGGAAUCGACUUUAAAGGAGUCAACCUCGUGCUGAACUACGACUUCCCCACCAGCUCUGUGGAGUACAUCCACCGAAUUGGUCGGACUGGUAGAGCUGGACAUCAGGGGAAGGCCAUCACCUUCUUCACAGAAAAUGACAAGCCACUGCUGCGCAGCAUCGCCAACGUGAUAAAACAAGCUGGCUGUCCCGUACCCGACUACAUGAUUGGCUUCAAGAAGAUACACAGCAAAGUGAAGCGGAGACUUGAAAAGAAACCUCCCACGAGAAGCACCAUCUGCACAACCCCUCGCUUCUUAAUGAAGAAAAAAGGCAAAGCUCCAAAUAAAGGACAGAAAAGAGAGAAGCAGGCAGCAGGCGGUAAGCAGAAAGAAGAAAAUGGAUCUCAAACCGCCGUACAGAUGCAGAAAGGAGAAAAGACGACAAAAGGACAGGAGCUGAAGAGAAGAAAUAAAACACAGAAAGAAGGGGGAAGAGAAAAACACAAAAAGGCGUCUGAGAAGACAGGAUCGAAUUCUUCUGGGGCCAAGUUAAAAAAGAAAAAGGGGAAGAAAAAUAAGCCACAAGAGCAAUAGAUGAGAGUGGUACAAGUAGACUGAUAUGAAGAUGGACAUGGAUUUUAAUUUUAAUGUUUCUGUCUGAUUUACUGCUUAUUUUCACACUUGCUUUGUAUUAUCAGAGUAUGAAAUAAACUGUUUAUAAAUA